GCGGUGGUACUAUGUACAAGUACUACUGCAAUUUGCAAGGCAAUAAUUUCGCACAUCAAACUGAUAGUAGCAGUGUAUUUUAUUUUGGUGGUUUGUAUCAUCAUCCGUGCUGACUGACUGGCCCUGGGUUAGGCCACAACAUAUUUUGCCAAAACCACAUCCCAGAAGUCUGCAUAAUGCUCAAUUUGCUAAAAAAAAUGAAAACCUCCGGCAUGUUAUGUGGUACAAAUACGUUGUACAUUGGUGACUCAAAUAUGCACAUUAUUUAUAACGUGCUGAAUAUUCUGUAUUGCUGAACAAGUUGAAUGUGGUCAUCUCCAUCUUAACAAUAUAGCCAAGCCACCAUCACUAACCAUAACCAAGUAGCCAACACAAUAUGCAAAUUCUCAGUUUUAUUUUCAUCUAUCACAUCAUUGUUUAAAGCAUUACACACAACACAAAGCACGACUGACCAUAAAAUUGAUCUCUAAAAUAUCUCUCUGGAUUUCAAGUAUUGGUUGGACUUGUGACUUUUUGUGUUCGACUCUAUGCAUUUUAUGUUGACUCGACGAUAAGCACAACAGUUCCUGUUUGACGUAAUAAAAACCAGAUCAAACUAUUGUAAAUGAAAAAAUCUGGACAAUAACUGAUCGAUCGUCUCGUCGUCAUCAUAAUUUCUGCGACAAUUGAGAUUUAUUAGAAGAUUUAUCAUUUACUUUAUCUGCUUCUCAAUCUUGUCACAACGUGAGCAGUAGCGGUUCGGUGAUAAUUUAUUUGUUAACUCGUUUGUGCCGCAGAAAAAGAGUGAAGAGGUCAAGUUGGUUGGUGAUUUCUACUCGAAAGCUCAAUUCACAUUCAAUUCCAGGAAGUGCUUGGCUCGGUGAAUCAUCAUCAUCGUCACUACUAGCAUCAGGAAUAUAAGCAAUGUGUGGCGAUAAGAAUACUUCACGCUACCCCGGUUUUUGGAUAAUGAAAAUCUGUUUGUUUUGACGCCUGUUUAUCAACAAAGAGAGUAGCAAGACUGCCUUGCCUUUCACCUUUUGAUCUGAUUUUUAUUUUUUAAGUGUGAUCGAUUUUGAAGGAUUCAACAAAAUAGCCAGUUUUGGUACGAAACUCAUUCGUAAUAGUAGUUUAGCAAGUUAAAAUUAAUAAUUAAUAAUACGUAUUAUGUGUGAGGUUUUUGUUAAUUUGAAUCAAUUCUAGUCACAUUUCCUUCCUCUUCUUCUGACACAUAUUUACUCACACUAGUACAAGUUUUACUGAAUUAUUGUUGAAAUUUAAAUAUGUAGCAUAACUAAACUACUAAAUAGUAAUCUGUGUUAAAGUGAUUUAUGGGAACUGAACUGUGCAUUUUAGAAUUGUGUUUAAUUCCUGUUUUCACUUUUGAUUCCCACAACAAACAAGUUAUUAUUAACAAUUUCCGCCCGUUUAGUCGUCUGCGUAAUCGCAAGUUCGCCAUCAUCUUCCUUGCAAAAUGGGAAGCAGUCUCAGUACUUAUCGCCGUGGCUCUGUUUCUGGUGAAAACCCAACUGCGUUGAAAUUCAAAGAAAGCAUUCGGCCCACGACAGGGAUUGGAUUAGUCACAGAUGAACUUUUGCCAAAAGAAACCAACAAACCAAACCCGGGUUUCUCUACUACCAGAUCCGAUCUCCAACCAACAUCCGGCGAACUUCAUAACGGUGGACAACAUUCCGGUGUUUUGAACAGUGACAACUUUUUAAGAAACCAAAAGAAUCUAGUAAGCAUGAGGUCAUCCAAAUAUUCGCCAAAAAUCCAGGCACCCAUGCCUAAUCCAGAUGAAUUGGAGAAGCGCUUUACUAAAGUCUUGACGUCCAUGGAUCUGCCUCCAGAUAAGGCUAAACUAUUGAAGCAAUAUGAUGAUUCCCGCAAGUGGGAAAUUGUCCGUGAUCAGGAGUUGGUACAAGUUCGAGAGCCGCCUAGAAGUUAUCUCAAAAAGAUCCAAACAUAUCUAGACCCAAAAGCAUCUAGAAGCUUUAAGAAAAGAAAAGCAUUGGGUGAAUCAACAUCAACUCAGGUUUUAAAGGACCUGGAAAUUUCAUUGCGAACAAACAACAUUGAAUGGGUCCGAGAAUUUCUAAAUGAAGAAAAUCGUGGAUUGGACAUUUUGUGUGAUUAUCUAAAUUUCCGUCUAGUCAUGAUGCGUCAUGAGCAAAAGUGCCAAACCCUUCCACCUUCAGAAAUUGAGAGUCCGACUCAUAGCAGUGGGGCCGAUUAUGGUCCAUCGUCCUUAGCAAAUGGUUCUAAUGCAAGCCAAUCAAAGAGCAUGGAUAGUCCUAGUAUCAACAAACGAACGUCGAAACACAUGAUGAAAUUGAAUAUGGGUGACGCCAAAGAUGAUAUCCAUGUGUGCAUUUUGUGUCUUCGUGCCAUCAUGAAUACGAAGCACGGCUUAAAUGAGGUCAUCAUGAAGCAGGACUCAAUCAACGCCAUUGCUCUUAGUUUAAGACACAAAAGUCUCCGGACUAAAGCGUUGGUGCUGGAACUAUUGGCGGCAGUUUGCCUAGUCCAAGGAGGGCACCAAAUCAUUCUAAGGGCGUUUGAUAACUUUAAGGAUGUGUGCGGAGAAAAAAGCAGAUUUGCAACCCUUGUCGAUCAAUUUGUGAAUUACGAGUCCUUCUAUGUAGAGUUUAUGGUAGCGUGUAUGCAAUUUAUCAACAUUGUCGUGCAUUCCGUGGAGGAUAUGAAUGAAAGAGUGUACUUGCAAUAUGAAUUCAUGCAACUUGGAAUUGACCAGUACCUAGAAAAACUAAAAAAUACUCAAUCUGAAGAACUAAGGGUACAAAUCUCUGCGUAUUUGGACAAUGUAUUCGAUGUUGCAGCCCUCAUGGACGAUUCCGAAAUGAAAAAUACAGCCUUAGAACGAGUGUCGGAUUUGGAAGAAGAAAAUUCUCAACUCAAAGAAAUUUAUCAAAAGCUGGAAUCGGAUAGCAUGUCUCGAAUGAUAGAACUAGAACAAAAACUACACUUAGCUAUCGAAGAGAGAGACUCACUUUUAUCUAAACACGAGGCAAUAACUGAAGAAGUGACGACCCUUAGAAGAGUGGUAACGCAAAAAGAAGAAGAGAAAAAAAUCUACUUAGAAAGGCUUUCUCGAAAUAUGGAUGCAGAAUUGAAACUUAAAGACGAAUCAGAUUCCAACGACAUUUCCACAAAUCCAAACGUCAACACAGAGCGACUUAUGAAAGCUUCAGUACCUGCUCCACCCGUUCCUGCUCCACCUCCUCCUCCACCCCCUCCAUUUGCUCCAAGAGGCAUGCCAGGGCCUCCACCACCACCACCAAUGAUGGGUCACCCCGGAGGCAUGAAUAGUGCAAAUUCCAAUAUGACAAUAAAGAAAGCCUUGCAACCAAAAUGCAAGCUGCCAACAUUGAAUUGGACAGUCUUGAAACCGAGGGAGGUGAAGGGGACUGUUUUUAAUCAACUUGACGACUCCAAGUACUACAGCGUGAUAGACUUUGAUGAGUUUGAACGAACUUUCCAAAUUGGAUCUGCUGGGUCUGUGGGGAAAAAUUUGGAUGAAGCAGACAGCGAAGGAACUCUAAACAGUUAUCCUUCGAAAAGGUUCAAAAAGCCAGAGGCCGUAUCAUUACUGGAACAUACUCGACUAAGGAAUUUAGCAAUCUCAAGACGGAAGCUUGAUCUAUCUAUUGACACAGUUGUCCGAGCAAUUAAUGCACUGGAUCUUACGACUCUGAAAUUGGAGCAUGUCGAAAUUAUUACACGCAUGAUUCCCAAUGAAGUUGAAACUAAACUUUACAGAGAGUACGUCAAUGAGCGUAAAAACCCUGAAUUACUGACUGAAGAAGACAAGUUUAUUUUACAACUUUCUCGAGUUGAACGAAUAUCCACAAAGUUGGCUGUAAUGGCUUACAUCGCUAAUUUCAAUGAAGUAGCCAACACAAUUCAGCCUCAGAUUCAUGCAGUAAUAAUGGCAUCCAGAGCAAUAAGGACCUCUGAAAAAUUUCACCAAUUAUUGGAAAUAAUUCUGGCAUUUGGAAAUUACUUGAAUGGUGCUAAACGAGGCCCUGCGUAUGGAUUCAAAAUUCAGAGUUUGGAAUGCUUGAUGGAUACGAAAUCGUUAGAUCGAAGACAGUCGCUGUUGCAUUAUAUUGCAGAGACUAUAACAUCGAGAUAUCCUAACCUGGCUGGAUUCGUCAAUGACCUUCAGUUUGUCGAAAAAUCAUCCUGUGUUUCAUUAGAAAAUGUACUCAGCGACCUGCAUGAUUUGGAAAAGGGAAUGGAACUCACUAAAAAGGAAUCUCAGUUCCUUAUGCAGAAAAACGAGCAAAAUAAUGUCGUGAAAGAUUUUCUAUCUACUGCCGAGGACAGGUUGAACAAAAUCAAAGUUGAGUGCAAAACUGCUGUCAACGACUUUGGCGAAUGCGUGGAAUUUUAUGGAGAGGAAAGGCAGCAAACCGAUACUAAUGGAUUCUUUUCUGCAAUUGUAAAGUUUCUUCGCGCCUAUAAAACUGCAGAUAAUGAAAACGAACAACGGAGAAGGUUAUCCAUGAGAAAUCAAUCUCCUCCCGAAACUAUGAAAAUUACCGGGAAAAAACAACAAGAUGCUGUCAUCAGCGAAUUAAAGCGCCGUCAAGGUACAGAUGGAAAUAAGAAACCCUUUGAAGGCCAAGACGGCAUGUACGGCUCACGCUGUGAAAGAAAAAAGAACUUUUAUCAAACCUUGGAGGAUGGCGCAUUGGAAGAUAUCUUAUCAGAUCUAAAAAACGAACCUUAUAGACGUGCAGAUGCGUUACGACGGUCUCAGCGUCGAAAAGUUAAUGAACGCCUUUCAAGAAAUUUUGACGACUUUGAUGUUUAACGUGUCUUACAUUUGCAUAAAACAAAGUACAUAUCUCAUUGUUCAAAGUUUCAAAUCCAUAACGUUUUUUUAUUUAUCGUUAGUUGUCAAUGUGCCAAUAUGUUGUUGAUCUGAUCAUGUAUGGUUUGAAGAUCUGUUGAUUUUGAUAGAAUAUGUAACAUGUUAAAAAAUAUUUACUAUGUUCGAAUGUUUCUUGCUCGUACGCUCAUAACCGAAAAUGCCUUAUAAUAAUUCAGGAUCGUAUGCACUCUUAUUUACAAAUGUCUAUAUAUAGGACAAAUACAAUAUUCAAUGCAAUUUAUUUGGUGUGAAAGUGCUCUGGACCAAGAGAAAUGACAAUCGCUUGCAAAUUGUGCUUAUAAUAACCAUAACUAAAUUAUACGUGUAAUGUCUGGAGGUAAGAGAUCUGAUUCUUUAAAGUGCCUGUAUGAUCUGCCGAUAUACUCGUUCAUAUGCAAUGCAAGAAAAUAUAUGUCUGAGAUUUAGCCUGAAUCCAAAGUAUUACAACUCAUUGUUACCUUUACCAAUUAGUUAAAUCGAUGUGUAUUUUUGUUAUAUCCUGAUACAAUAUUCUAUUUAAAGAAAUCUUAGUUUAGAUAUAAGUAGGUGGAUAGUAAAAAGUAUAUUUAUAUUAUAUAAAUAGAAAAUUACACACUUUUUAAUAAUAUUUUAUUACUAUACAAGCAGACCGGAUGAACUUAGUGAUGCAAUACAUUGAUUACAAGUACGUUGGAAUUAGUGUGGAAUAAAGACUUGCAACAUUGGUUAUGA